GUUGCCCGGCGGAGGAACGGAAAGACCCUGGGCCGGCAGGAUGGGCUCCAGCUCCCUGGUGCAGCAGGAGUACCGCAAAUGUCUGGAGAGGGAUUUCCGAAGGGGCCACUCUGGAGUCUGCACUGACCUGGCCCUGAGGAAGUUGCUGCGGCAGCACCUGCUGGCGGAUCCGGAGCUGCACUACGCCCUGAGGAACGACGUCUUUGCCGUGCUCGCCAGCAGCCUUCGGGGAUGGGAGGCCCUGCCCUUGGCACUCAGGGGGCUGGCCAGGGCCUUUGAGGUCCUUGAGCUGGCAGCUGUCAAUCUGCACCUCCUCCCUUGGCGCAAGGAGUUCAGCACAAUCAAGAUGUUCUCGGGGGUGUACGUGCACUCCCUGCAGGCGGCGCUGUCAGACAGUGACAUCGCCAAGAGCUUCCACAGGAUGGGAUAUGUGAAGAGAGACGACCAUCACCUCGUGGUGUCCCGGCCACCCCCGGGAGCUGAGCUCGUCCAAGCCGCCUGUGGCUUCUUUGCAGCGAGGGUGGAGUGUGAGAUCCUGGGGGAGAUCCUGUGGCAGCUGGAGCCAUGCCAAGUGUCUGCUGAAGACCUGCUGCGGGUGCGGAGGGGCACCAGGGACCUGGACGGCUGUGUGGAGAAGCUGCGGAGACUUGCAAGGUGGCCGAAAGGCAGAGAGCCCAGAGCCAAGGUGGCUCCUGGCUGUGCUGAAAGCAUUGAUCUCUAUGGGGAGGAGCUGAAAAGCCCAGAGGCUGCGACCCUGUACAGUGACCCCAUGGGAGCCAGGCUGCAAUCAUCCCUAUGGGGUUUGUCCUCCCAGGAGCUACACAGGCCCCCCAACCUGUGGGGUGAGGCUGUUGGAGGACCUGGUCCUGAGGAUCUCGGGGGAAAUGAGGGAAGGAUCUGGGACAACCAGAGGGCUAAUGAGUCUGGCCAGGAGCAGCCUUAUAGAAAUGGGCCCGACUCAGAGGCUGCCGCCUUCUCUUUUAUCUCCUUAAGAGGGGCGCUUAGCAGGAUCAGUGACUCGGUCUCUCCUGAGAACAUGGGGAGCACAAACCCUUCUCUGAGCUCCCCCUCUGACACUGCAGUGCUCGAGUCACACGAGGCAGCCAGCUGCCUAAUGCCCCGCUCUGCUGGCAAGGUUAUGCCCUCGGAGUGCAGAGCUGCCAGCUUCUCGCCCAAGCCUGCAGAGAGACCACGGGAGCUGCCGCCUGCUGCCCCAUGGCUAGAGAGCAGCGAACGGGAAGUGCUGGAGUUACCGUGCUACCAGCUGCAUUCAUGCCUGGUCCGAGGUGCUCUCCCCUCCUACUGCUGUGCCACAUGCUGCCUGCUCCACGCCAGCUGCUGUGAUGCCAUGCAGACCUGCAGGAGUAGCCACUGCAUGCAGGAGCUGCAGAGCGAGGAGCGGAAGCGCCUGUGGUUACAGAGGACCGAGGUGGACAUGCUGCUGAACGAAGGCUCUGGGGCUCGGCCCUAGCUACAGGACGAGCUGCCUCCCCAGUGCCUGCAAAUGCUGUGGGAUGUGUCAACCAAAUCCUACCUCCGGGGGAAGCAUCAGGACUUGCCGGAUGCCACCCGGUUCUGUUCUAGGGGAAGCCUCUGGUGGCGGAGCUGAUUUCCUCCCCCCACCCCGCUACAGCGGUGCUCUGUAGAGACUCGGCCCAGAUCCUCCCCUGCUGUAGCUGCCCUACAUUCAACACUACUACUCUUCCCUCCCACCUCCUCUGAGCCAGUUCCAGGGAUUGGCCUCCGCUGUGGCUCUGGCAUGAUCUCCUGGCCCUGCUUAGUCACAGCUCUAGCUUCCCUCUGCCAGAGGAGCUGGGGCCUCUUAGCUCACAGGCUUCUCAGGACAGCCUGAAAUAUUGGACCUAGGUAAGGACAAGGAGAAACGAGAGACUUGCUCUUUUUCAAGCGAUUCCCUUGAGUUGGUGGAAGGAUGCUGCUCUGUGGCAUGGCCCAUGUGGACAGCUCUGCCCCUGCUCCAGGAGAGGAGCACAGAUUAACUGUCCACCAAAGGCCAGCCAUGAGAGGAGAGAUGAUCUCGUGCUGUUUCCCAGCUCAUGCUGGUCCUACCCAUUGCUGCUCAGGCUGACUGGCCUUAAGGUUCUGGGUGGGACAAAAGGUGCCCAGGGGAAGAAGUGUCUGGGUUUCUGGCAGUGGGCGUUUGAGCUAGAGCAGCUUUUGCCCCAGACUGACGGGUCAGAAGGAAAUGACAAACGCUUUGAGCAUCUGCCCUUUAUUGGGUGAUGUGUCUCCUGCACCCUGCCUGCCUCAGCUGCUCUGGGCGAGUUCACAGCCUUCAGGGAGUUAGCAAGCUAGGCUCUUGCCCUGCAGUAUUCCCUAGUACCAAAUCCCUGUCCUCAUGAGGGCUGUGGCACUUUGGGUUCUCCAGACUCAAUGGUUGCUGGAGCUUUGGAGGAAGGGUUACACUGUUAGUCCCAUGGGCCGCAGUGCAUUAGGAGUUCCCUUGUCCUAUGGCUGAUGUUCCAGCUCCUUGGUCAGCAGAGCCUUAGGGAUUCAGUUACCAUCUCCCCAGGGCUCAGCUCUGAUGUCUCAGGACUCUAUUCCUCCGCCUAGGUCACUGCUUGCACCUUUCCUGGGAAGGUGGUGAGUGCUUUGGGGCAGAGCAAAGCUUCUCCCUCCCGUAUCAAGGGUUAAGUGGAGUGGGCACUGGCUCCUGGAAAUGACAGCCUAUCCCCUCCCCAUGUGCACACCCAGCUGGAAACUCAAAGGCAGCAGAAUGCUGGACCCAGGAAAGCCAAAAAGGGAGCUGCCUGGUGCUGUUGCCUGGGGGGGGCAUGUCCCCCUCUUGCUAUGCUGUUUAGAGCAGCACUGCCAGGGCUCCCGGCUCAAACUCAGGGAGGGGAAGCUGAGAACACUGCGGGUGGCCCCCAGUUUCAGUGUGAGGUGGCUGGAAUCAGUGCCAGCAGCCAGGCACUAAACAGCCACCCUGAAAACCAACCCCAGGUCAAAUCCAGUGGUGAUGAGUGCUGUACCUUCCAGGGCACGGGGAGAGUGUGCAAUAGGAUGGCACCCCUACCUUGCAGCUGGCCCACUGUCAGUCUGCACUGGCCAAGUACCCCAGCCCCUCUGGCUGGGUAAGGCCCCCUUCCCAACUCAGCUCUUGCUGGUAACCCUCACCUCACCACAAAGAA